CAGUUGUGUGUAAAGUUUAAUGUUUACGUCUGCUGUUAUGUUACAAUGAUUAUAGUGUGUUAACUGUCGGAAAGAAGAGAAAGAGGAAAUAAUUUUACAGAAAGUGAUUGGUAUCGAUUGCUGAAGUAUUUGAUACCACCAAUGACAACGAGUUCGAUCAGUAGCUCAGAUUCAGACAACAAACUUGAAUUAUAAGAAAACAUCGAAAAAAGACAAGGCGCCUGAACCUGCAGAACCAUGGACAGGAAUCCUCAAUGCAACUCAUUUUAGAAGGCAGUGUCCACAAACAUUUGGAAAGGAGAUUAAAAAGCAAGAAGAUGAUAACAUUGAAGAUUGCCUUUAUUUAAAUGUGUACACAAAUCAGUUUCCUGGAAAUUGCAGUGAGCUGGUGCCUGUGAUGUUUUUUAUUCAUGGAGGUUCAUUCCUUAUCGGUUCGGCACAUAGUUUCAGGCCAAAUUAUCUUCUUGAGCAGGAUGUUGUCCUUGUUGUAACUCAGUACCGAUUGGGCCCACUGGGUUUUUUGUCAUUCCAAAAUGAUGACAUAUCUGGAAACAUGGGUCUUCUUGAUAUGGUAUUAGCAUUGGAAUGGGUCCAAAAACACAUUUCUUCAUUCUGUGGUAACUCUAAUAAAGUCACAAUAUUCGGACAGAGUUCUGGAGGUGCUGCCGUCUCCCUUCUCAUGGCUAGUCCACUUACUAAGGGGAAAAAUCUUUUUCAGCAUGGUAUAAUACAGAGUGGGUCAGCAUUUUGUGAUUGGGCUGUAGACUUAAACCCUGUGACAACAGCUAGAGGCAUUUCAAAAUUUGCUAAUUGUACUGGAACUGAUCAAGAAUUGGCUACUUGCCUCCGCAAUCUAACUGCUUAUGAUAUUCUUCAAGCUCACCAAAAAUAUCUUAGAAGUGUGAUUGUACAAGACAGAAUGGUGGUGAAUGGCAAACUGGGUGGGAAUCAUGCAGUUGUUCAAACUGCAGGUUCAAAAAAAUUUCUAGUGGAACAUCCUAAAGAUAGCUAUAAAAAAGGAGACUUUCAACACAUACCUACAAUGAUAGGAAUGACUAAACACGAGGGCACAUUUUUUCUAGGAAAUGUAUAUGAUUUCUUGGCUGAAAGUAAUAUAUUUAUGAACAAUACUGAAUUCCUCAAAAAUGAUUUGGUGAACACCAUUCUUCUUUUUAGUGGAAUUAUUGAUACUUCUGGUUCCUUAACAGAUGUAUUCACCUAUAAAUUUUUUUCUAAGGAUCAACUUGGGGAUUUCAAAGCUAUGACACCUGGACUUAUUGAUUUAUGUGGCAUGACAUUGCUGAAAUCAUGCAUACUUCAAGUUGCUAAAAAGCAAUUCUCAAGAGCUCCAACAUAUCUAUAUUCCUUUAAUUUUCUUGGACAUUUAACAAAAUUUGGUUAUGGAGAAGCUGUUGAUUACCCAUUUUCAGGAGGUGUAGCUCAUUCAGAUGACUUAGUUUAUCUUUUUCCAAUGGAUAAUGGAACUCUUAAUGAGAUUGAAAUGACUAUUGCUUAUAGAAUGGUUAAGUUAUGGACCAACUUUGCUGCUAAAGGGAAUCCUAAUCCAAUACCAGAUACUGUGUGGAAGCCAAUGGAUAGCAGUUAUGGUCCUUAUCUGAGAAUAGAUACUCAUAUUACACAAAGAUAUGAUAUUAGUUGUGAGUUUAAUAUAACAGUGGAGGAAGGACUAGGUGAAGUUGAAAUUUGGGAAAGUGCCUCUGCUGGGCAUAUUAAUCCAUCUUUUCAGAUAAUUAUUUUUUUGUUGUCACUAUUUAUUGUUUAAUCUUAAUUUUAUUUUCAAUAAAAGAAAUAUCAUUUUCUUUAAGUAUUUUGUUUAGUAUAGGGAAUAUUUGCCAAUAUAUUGCAAAAAAAUCAUAAAGCAAAAUAUUAUGAUAUUAAAUCACUAAGUAACUUGAUCACUUUUUCCUCUGUAAAAUCAGACCAUUUUGCAUUUAGUGAAACUAUUUUUUCCUUGAUAGGACUUGUGUCAUUUGGUAUAUUUAAUUAGUUUUUUUAAUAGCUUGAUAUGAUCGAAAAUCACAGCUAUGUACUACUAGGUUUAAAUCCACCAGAAGUGUACUUAGUGACUUUUUGCAAUUGUAAAUAAACUAAAAAUGUUUUUAAAAUAUUAAUUAAUUCAUGAUUGGUUAGGAAAACAUAAAGCGCAUAAUUUUUAUUGAAAAAUGUUUAUUAAAACUAAUUAAAAUUUAGUAUUAAAAUUAAAGUAACUUAAAAUUUAGCAUUACCACAACAUGCUGACUUGAAUAAAACUUUUAUUAGAUUUAAUGAUACACUAUUCAUAAAUUCCCCAUAACAGAUUAGCAAAAUAUGUUAGUGUGCAUCAUGUAAAUUGUGCAAACAAGGGUUCAUGAAUUUUAAAAGUUAUUUAAAACAAUUAAUAUUUUAAUUUCAUUGAAUUGUGUCAAAAAAGGUUAAUUCAAAUGUAAAUUAGAGCAAUAUUUUAUAACUCUACUAUAUUGAAAUUAACUAACUUUUUUAAAAGUCAAGAAUAGCCACUCGUAAAUAUAUAUAUAUAAGUAUAUAAAUUGAAAUUGAAUAAUAAUAAUAAUAAAGAAUAUAGAAGCUCCCAGGCUUGGAUAUAUGUGGAUUAUUAUAUAAUAAAUCAAUUAAAUAAGAGUACAAAUUCUUACACAAUUAUAUAAAAAUACUGAUAUUAGUAAUUAUAUUUAUAUGUUUGUGACUUCUUAUAACAUUCCUCUAAGUGACCAGGAAAGCAAGUCCAAUCUGUGACAGUGGUUCCUAAUAGUGAUUGAAAAUAUAUGGUAGUCUACUUUAAACUUUUAUUUGACUGACACAUUUUCCACUUAUUGCUUGCUGGAAGAUAAAGAUUUUCAUAUUUUAGUGUAGGUACUUCAUAAUUAUCAGUAUUUUGUGAAAAAGUUAUAUAGAUAUGUUCACUUCAUCUUUAUAAAAUACAAACCUAUUUGUUCAAUUGAAAGUAAUUUUUCAAGAGAUUCAAAAAAGUUAUUGUUAAUUAUUAGAUUGUAAAGGUAAAAAAAAAAAUCAGCUCUUAAGUGUUUCUUCAGAUGUUCAAAAGCUAGAAGGCACAUUAAAUUAAAAUUAUAGGUUAGACACAUGGUGAUUUAAAUAAAUGAACAGAUGACAAAAUAUUCUGGAACUCAAAUUCCCUACAAUGAUUAUUUACAAAAUACUGAUUUUCCUUUUGAACAAAAUGAGCGAAAAAGAAUUAUGAAUGCUGGUAAAAUAAUUUCCAUUUGCUUCAUAAUUGUGUGUUUGUAUUGUUUGAAGUGUGUGUAUAAAUAUUGAAAUAUAUAUGAGAAAAUAAACUAAACAGAAAAAAUGGUGUGGAUGACUACUGAUGUUAUACACCACUAAACAAGAAUGAACGAAUGUACAGGAAGGAGAAUUGUAUUGUAGUACAUAUUAUAACAUAAUAUGAUAAAUCGCUUGUUAAUUAUUAAAGAGCCAUGAGGGGGAUGAGGAGCUUUGGUUUUGAUGUACUUUUCUUUAAAUAUUUCUAGUUCAAUAAAAGGGUACAUUUUGCUUAGUAUCUAAUGAGGUAGUUUCGAUUAUUUGGUAUGUGUUUUUAUGGGUAGUUAGCACCUGGUAUUCCAUACCAUUUCCACUUUUCAAUAGAUUUAGCAGCUGACAUAUUUAUUUUUUGCUGUCAUAAUUUUAUUUGAAUGAUUAAAUAAAAUUUUUAAUGAAUAUUAAAAUUAUACACAUAUAUUUUUAAAAUAUUUAAGUUACUUCAAUUUUUAAAAUAUAAUUAAAAUUUCAAUAUAAAUUUGUUGAUAAAAAUUCUUGUUUUCAAACAUAAGGGUACAAAAUUUUUAAAUUAAUGCUAUCUAGAAUUUAGCUAAAACUAAAAUUAAUGUCUUCACAAAAGGCAUGUUUGAUAUUAAAUAGUAUUCUUCAGUAUUGUAAUGUUUUAAACAAUAGUAUUUAUAUUAUAUAAUAUGAAUUAUUUGCCUAUGAGAAGUUCUUAAAAGCUGUAUAAGAAUAAUUUGUAAUAUUGUAAAAGAAAACAGUGAACUAUCUAACUUCAUAUUGUUGUACUUUCUUAUAGUAUUUCUUUUUAAUUUUCCAUGAUAUUAUAGAGUUUACCAACCUAUUCGAUUAUGAUGAACUACAUUUAUUGCAUGAACCUCAUACAAAAGUUAAUCUUUACAGGUGUAAUUCAGACCAAUGCUGCAUUAAUUUUAAUUUCUUAGGCUACUUCUCUUAUUUAUUCUUUCAUCCUGGUUACCAUAGUUGUUUUUAGGAAUCACAGUGAAAAUAAAAUUAAAACUUAAAUGAUUUGAAAUGUUUACUUAAAGUUGAAUAGUUGUAUAAAAUGUACAAGAAAGUUUUUUUCUUCUGAUUUAAAAAAAAAAAUAAAUAUUCCUAUUACGUCUGUAGCCUUUAGUUUUUACCAAUGAGAUGAAUGACAUUACAAAAAUUUGAUGCUGUUCAUAACUCCUUUCUGCUCCAAAUGUUAGAAGCACACUAUUUACCAUUAAAUUUGAUUGAAUUAUUAGGUUUUUAUUAUUAUUUGUUUACUCCCAGUAUAGUUCACACUAUUUUGUUUUAUUUUAUGUUCCUCUUAGAACAAUUUUUAUUUUGUUUGCCUUUGUUGGUAUAAUUCAAUUAAUCUUCAUUUUGAGAAACAAACCAUUUUUCUAGAAUAUGUGACAAAUUCUUAAGUUCCAACUUAGUCUUAAUUUUAUCUUUGAUUUAUUUUAAACAUCUGAAAAUGAUAUACCAUUGUGCAACUCAAUAAAUACUUUGACGAUAAAAAAUUGAAAAAGAUCACAAAAAUCAGUGAACUAUAGUGACUUAGUUUACUUAUUAUUUAUUUACAUUUUUUUUUUUUUUUUUUUACUAAUUUAGCUCUUUCAGAUUGUAUAUUUGAACUUAAGUCAGAAUUGUUCUAAAUGUGAAUUACACCACUUUGACUAUAACUUCCUCAAAUGAUCUGUUAGGCUAAUUUAUUUUAUUUUAUAAGAUUUUAUUAGCAUUAUAUAUUAUUAUUAUAUUUUAUUUUUAUUUUUUAACAUUAAUCCACCUCAGUUUGGAAAUGGUGUUGGUAUGUACCCUACUCUUUAGGCACUCUUUCUGGGAAAAUAAUGGCAUUUUAUGUGGUACUCUUCAUAGUGGAAGCGAUAAAUUGUAAUUUCUCAUUGAAGAAUUUGACGGAUUCUAAUUUAAGGUAGAUAUGAUUAUAUUUUAAAUGUAAAUAAAAUAUAAUGGUGUAGAAUUUGUUUGAUAUUUUUAGUAUUUGUUUGAUAUUUUUAGUAUUGUCUCUAAUCUUUUACUGAAAGAUUGUUACAAUAUGUUAACGAAAUACUAAAAACGUUUUUAAAAUAUUAAUUAAUUCAUGAUUGAUUAGGAAAAUCAUAAAGCACACUAUUCUCAUUGAAAAUGGUUAUUAUAACUGCAAGUAACUCAAAAAUUUAGCAUUUUUACAUAUCAACAAUUUUAUACUAGAAAAUAGAUAAUUGAAUAAACUGUAAUUGCAAGGACUGUUAUGUACUUAAUUAAACUUUUUGUAAUAUUAAAAGUUAAUUUUCUUUAUAUGUUUUUGAUGAUUGAACAUAUACAUUUAUUUGUAAUUCCUCAUGUGUAUCUGUUGAUUAAUGAGGACAAGUCAUAUUAUAGAAGGUUAUUGAAUUUUAUCCUUCAACACUUACUUAAUAUUCUCUCUGUGAUAGAUACCAGUAACUCUUCUUUGAUUUUAGGAUAUAAGAAUUAUUUUACUUUCAUUCCUUACCAAAUAAAUUGUUUCACUCCAAAGUCACAACAAAUAGAACAAAUUAAUGUCAGUUGAAAUUUUGGUGUUCCUGUAAAUUGACUAAUUCUUCAUCGUUUGCCGUAAGAAUAUAUUGUAUAUUUAGCAGAAGUUAUAUAUAAUAUUGUCAUUACUAAGGGUUGUAUUAUUAAUUUAGUAGCAUUUGAUAUCUAAACAACAUUAGUGAGUAAUUUGUAAUCCAAAUGGGAGUUAUAUAUAAGAAGAAAAAAAGUAAAUUUAGUAUUACAGUUUUCAAGGCAACCAAAAAAUAUAGUUAUGUACAUUGUCUUUAUAUAUUUGAAUGCAUACAUUUAUUUAUACUACAUUUGUAUCUGUGCUUCAAUGCAUAUAGCAAAUUUGGUAUUUUCCUCUGUCUUAAAUAUUUGUGAGUUAACAAACUAACUUUGCUUGACUUGAUAAAUGUAUUCAUGCAAUCAGGAGGCUGCUCAUUGUUUAACCUGUGUUUUAGAUUAUCAAGUAAUAGACAGUAAGAAUUGUAUAAUGUAGUGAAAUGAGCCAAAACAGGCAAACAAAAUUCCAAAGUUUUCAAACUAGUCACACGUUCUCAUUCAAGUGCCUUGUAUUAUUAAAAGUUCCCAGCAUUAGGUUUUGAGCACAAUAGGAGGCCAUUUAAAGGCCACUGUUAAAAUGUUUCUUAUAUUUAAAUGCCAUUGUUUACAUUUUUCUUAAACUUGGACACUAGUCUGAGGUCAUUAGUUUAUACUAGAGCAAAAUCUCUUCAUGAAAGAUUACCUUCAUUUUUCCUUUCAAAUUGUUUUGAGUUAGGUAAAGGAUGCCUAACAAAUGUAAAGAAAAACUUAUAUGGAGUUACUUGGCUAAAAUCUUUAGCAUAGAUUGCAUGUUGUAGAUAGCAUGUCAAAUUUUACAAAUAAUAGUUUUUUGUUUUUUUUUAAAUUAAACAACUUGUGGAGUAAAAUCUACAAUGAUGUGGAGAGAGAAUUAUUAAAUACCUAGCUUUUGAAAAUUAGCAAAAAAAAGAAAGCCCAGAACAUCAAGGUACUAAGGAAUAAUAAAAAUAAUAUGAAAACCUGAAUUACUCUACCUAAUAAAAUUUGUAAAAAAUGACUGGUAUACCUUCAGAUAAGAAAAAACUUAGAAAGGCAAAACAAUUGAUUUUUAUUUUAUUAUUUUAUUUCCCACUUCAUUUCAAAAACUAUAGACUAAGAAAAAAAUGAAUAAGACCCUUUUUGAAGAGAAUUCAUUAUCAAUUUAAUUACACAAUAAAACCAGAUAUCUGAGUGGCAAUUUUUCACUAUAAAAACCUUCCCUCUUGUAAUUUGUAAAGUUCAUUUUUAUCAUAGGUAAUAUAUAAACACUUUAUAACUUAAAAUUUGUACAUUAUGGUUGAAUAAUAAAAAUUUAAAUUCUUUGUUCUUGCAAUUGUACAAAUUAAGUCCAAAACUUUCUUAAUUUCCCCUGACUCAUAUUUCCAAAAUUAUAGCCAGUAGGAAAAGUAUCUUUUUUAAUGAGGAUUUAUAAUAUUUUAAUUUUGUAUAGAGGUUAAUUGAGACUAAACUCAUAUAUCUACGAAAAUCAUAAACAAAUUACUUUUAAAUGAACCCAACCUUGUGGUCAACCCAUAGCACAGGGAACUUUCAACAUGUUUUGCAGGCCACUUGAAUGAGUAUGUAUGCCAAGAUUCAAAAGCUUGUGUUUGUAAAUUUAAUAAUACUGUUUUUUUUAGUUUACAAUUGAAUUUUAGCACAUUAUGUGUUACGAAAAAUAUCUUUUUCUUAUUUUUUUUUGUCUAUUGGUCAGUAUAAUAAAAAUCACAAAGCGUUUUUUAGUUGAAUGUAAGAUAUUGAACAAACUGAUUAGUAUCUUGGACUUACCAAUUUUCGGUGAUAUAUGCUUGAAGAGAGCGGGGUCAGAGAUUGCCCGAAACAUGCAUUAAUGAAUAAUAAUAAAAACGAAAUGUGAUUAUUUAUUAUAGUGAUCUAUAGACAAAAAAAUUAAUGAAAAUAUAAUUUUAGAAAAAAAUUCAAAACUAGAAAAAGGAAAAAGAAAAAUAUAAUUUUUCUUUUGAUUAACAAAGAAGUGAAUAAAAGAGAAUCAUGGACCUGAAAAAAGAAGAAAACCUUUGCUGUAGAUUAUUAAUGUAACUCCAUUACUUAUCAGAUAAGAAGGUAAUAUUGGAUAAUGAUCUUGGAGGUUGAUUUUUAUAAUAUAGCUAAAAAUUAUAUUUUAUUUUGAUAACUACUCAAAUUUGUUGAUUAUAUGUCUACUUAUUUAUUUUAAUAAAUCUAGAUACUUUAGUUUUCUUUUCUGUUC